AUGGGCACGGCAACUGCCACUAUGGCCGCUAUGCCUGCCUUAAAACACCUAACAAGGAUAACCUGUACUCCCCUAUUUCUCCGCAAACUCCAAAAGCUUGAAAGAUUCCACUCUCUAGCUUCCCUUUCUCCUAAUUUCACCCAGGAGGAUUCACAGCAGCAGCAAGAGCAACAAAACCAACUAACAAACAACAACAACACUAGCAUAAGCAGAAGCAGCAGUUCCACUUCUUAUUUCCCGAAGAGAGGGCAAACGUUGGAGUUGGUGUGCGAGUCUCUAGCUUUCAAGGGGAAGGGUGUGUGCAAGGUAGCAGAGACUGGUUUUGUUGUCAUGUGUGACCGUGCCCUCCCUGGUGAAAGGUUCAUUGGACGGGUUACUCGCAGAAAGGGAACCUAUGCUGAGGUAACCAAGGUAAAGACAAUUUCAACUCAUUGGGAUCUUGUAGAUGCCCCUUGUGAGUAUGCGCCACAUUGUGGCGGUUGUAAAACACAAAACCUGUCAUACGAGGCUCAGCUUAGAGCCAAGGAACAGCAAGUUCAUGAGUUAACAAUACAUGUAGGAAAGUUUUCUGACAAAGUUCCAGAAUUUUUUAACAUCAUGAAGCCCAUUGUUCCAUGUGAUAUUCAAUUCCAUUAUAGAAACAAGAUGGAGUUUUCUUUUGGUUCUCAAAAAUGGUUACCUAAAGAGUUGUUGGGAGAGAAACAAGUUGGUGUCGAGAACUAUGCAUUGGGACUGCAUGCUCCUGGCUUUUUUGACAAGGUUCUAAAUGUUGACAAAUGCUUGUUACAAAGUGAGCCUGCCAACAUGGUUCUGGUAGCCAUCCAAGAUUGUUGGAGAGAUUCACAAUUUGGUCUCACUCCAUAUGAUGUUCACUCUCACUCCGGGUUUCUUAAGCAUCUAAUGCUAAGAACUGGAAGGAAUUCAGAAACUGGUUUGCUUGAGCUUAUGGUUAAUUUUGUGACCUCGUCGUACAAGCCAGAGCUGCUGAAGCCCUUAGUUGAAAAGAUUUCAUCUAUUCCAGAAGUGGUAAGCAUUAUGAAUAACGUGAACACUUCUGUUGGCAACACUUCUGUUGGGGAGGAGGAGUACACCUUGUAUGGCAAAUCUACCAUCACAGAGAUCUUAAGAGGAUUGACCUUCCAAAUUUCAGCUAAUUCUUUUUUCCAGACAAAUACUCGUCAGGCACGUGAAGCAGAGGUUCUGUAUAAACUUAUUGAAGAUUGUGCUGGUCUCAGAGGGGAUGGCUCACAAAUUGUCCUUGACCUAUUUUGUGGAACUGGCACUAUUGGUCUGACACUUGCCAGAAGGGCGAAACAUGUAUAUGGAUACGAAGUAGUUCCUCAAGCAAUCACAGAUGCACAUCGAAAUGCUGAGCUGAACAGUAUCAGCAAUGCUACAUUUGUCCAAGGGGAUCUAAAUAAAAUUGAUGGAAGUUUUGGCAACAAUUUUCCGAAGCCAGAUAUUGUCAUUUCAGAUCCAAACCGUCCUGGUAUGCACAUGAAGUUGAUUAAAUUUCUGCUAAAGCUCAAGGCCCCACGCAUUGUUUAUGUAUCGUGUAAUCCUGCCACAUGUGCCCGUGACCUAGAUUACCUUUGCCAUGGUGUGAAAGAGAAAAAUAUAGAAGGAUGUUACAAGCUUAAAAGCCUGCAGCCAGUGGACAUGUUUCCCCACACCCCGCAUAUUGAGUGUGUUUGCCUUUGUUACAUCACCGGCUUCCGAGCUGCAAAUCUGAAAUUGUUUCAGAUUGCUUCGCAUGUUGUUACAAGAGCUUCAUUUCUGUCCCUUCAAGUCUUGCCUGCUGACAAAGGAUACUGGCCUAGUUCUAUCCUCACAACAUUGAAAGAAAGUGCAGCAGCAAUAAAUUGGGGUGGAGAGAUUGUCAAUUUACGUCCUCGGGGCCAUCACACCUCUACUCAAAUGGGAAGUGGUCAUUUUGCCAGGGAAGGCUUCGGUAAAGCUACCUAUAUCCAUAAUAUGUGUUAUAUGGACAGAUCAACUCAGCUGAUAGAUGCUAAAGGUCUUAUAACUGCUGUUACAAAUCCUACCAGCUAUGAUUUACAUGUUGAACGUGUAGCCGAUCAGGAUGGAGUUCACUUUUUGGUUAUGGGUGUCCUGGAUGGUCAAACGAAUGCCGAUAUGAAAGGGUAA